GUCUUUUUUAUGAACACGACGACGCGCACAUGUCCUCCGGCACGUCGGUCUAAAGGGAGUUAUCAAACCUGUUGCAUUGCAGUAAUUAUAUUCCCUCGGAAAGAUGCUGUGGCCGAGAGAAGGAGGAAAAUUUAUCAGCGAGAGGGCGAAGAACGUCCAGGUGGUUCCUGAAGGAGUUGAGAAAGUGGCGGUGAUGCUGUCAGAGUCGGUGAAGGAAGGCAAGAUGAAUUUGAAGGAGUUUUUGCAGAAUGAUGUACUUCCUGUUGACAAAGGCCUGACAGAAGAGCAACUACUGAAUUGGACAUUCUUGGUUGACACACUGAACUUCAAUUUCUGGACCCCUGAUGGAGAGCCAAAAUAUACUGUCAGAGACAAAGGAAGGAAGCGAACUGGAUAUAUGGCCAUGGUUGCUGCUAUUAACCGUGCUAUCGAUGAGGGCAAGAAGAUUUAUGAUCCCAAUUACUACUCCAAAUUGACCCUUGAUGACAUUAAGCACAUAUUUCGCUCCGAGACUGAGUCUACUAUGCCACUUUUUGAUGAACGAGUUCGCGUACUCGGUGAAGUGGGCAAGAAGUUGAUAGAGGAAUAUGAAGGAACCUUUCUGAAUGUUCUUAAAAGGGCAGACUGCAGUGCCUUGAAACUGGUGGACAUUGUAACUAGUGAAUUUGAGUGCUUUAGAGAUGUUGCAAAGUAUGAGGGGCAGGAAGUGGCCAUGUUCAAGAGGGCACAGAUUUUAGCGAGUGACAUCUGGGUCCUCUUUAAGGGAGAGGGCCUAGGAGCUUUCACAGACAUUGACAAGCUAACAAUAUUUGCAGACUAUAGAGUACCUCAGGCCAUGGCUCAUUUUGGAGUGCUGAAGUACUCUCCCUCCCUGGAGAAGAAGCUGAAGAAGCAACACAUCUUUGAGAGUGGAGAGCAGGAAGAGGUUGAGAUCCGAGGCUGCUCCAUCCAUGCUGCAGAGCUGAUUGUAGAACGGAUAAAAGAGCUCUUGUCACAGUCAGGUUGUUCUGCAUCAAUUAAUAGUGCCAAGGUUGAUUUCUUCCUCUGGGACUAUCGGCUGACGCAUGCUGCUGCCCUGGAGAGUGUGCCAUACCACAGAGUUAGAUGUAUUUAUUAUUAGAAAGCUUUUUGAAGGAGAUUUACCGAAUGGUGUGGUGAUUGGCAUGAUUGUACCUAGAGUACAAAUUACAGCCACCAGUUUUAAUAUUUUUACUUUCAUGAAACCAUUCAAGAGUUCCCAUAUUCAACCAGCCAGACAGUAUAUAAAAACAAUGUAGAGGUUAUUCUGUACAUGAGGGAGUAUAAGGUGUAUAAAAUAUUUUUAUAUAUGCAAUAGCCGGGCAGAGUUGUAUUGUUGUCCACGUGUUGGUGUCAGGGCUAGUCAAAGCAAUAACAAUAAUGAAAAUGUAAUACAUGUGAAAUGUGAAAUGUGAUUGUAGAAUUUAACAUUCCUCUCAUAAUAACUAAAUACUAUAACUAUCAUAGCUGUCUUACAAAUUCAGUAUAGAGAAUUGGAGCAGGACCAUACAGUAUAGGGGGAUACAGAGAGACUGAUUACUGAUAUUUUUAACAUGAUCAGAUGACUGUGUACAAAUGUUGUUGGUUGGUAGGUUGGUGUUUAUCAGGCACUGCAUUGAAAUGUCUUUUUGAAGUAAGUA